AUGACUGACUCUUUAACUACCACCAACUUAGACGGAAUCUUACCACUCAUUGCUAGAGGGAAAGUUAGAGACAUUUACCAAGUUGACCCAGAAACUUUAUUAUUCGUUGCUACUGAUCGUAUCUCUGCCUAUGAUGUUAUAAUGGAAAAUGGUAUUCCUAACAAGGGGAAAAUCUUAACCAAAUUAUCUGAAUUCUGGUUUAGAUUCUUAAAGGAUUCAAUUCCUAAUCACUUAAUCCUAGAUUCUUGUGAUGAUGAAUCUUUAUUUGCUAAAUUGCCUAAAGAAUUAUCAAAUGAGAAAUAUAAAUCACAAUUAUCAGGUAGAGCAUUAUUAGUUAGAAAAUUGAAAUUGAUUCCUUUGGAAGUAAUUGUCAGAGGGUACAUCACCGGAUCCGCUUGGAAAGAAUACAAGAAGACCAAAACUGUCCAUGGAUUAAAGGUCGAUCAAGAAUUAAUCGAAUCCCAAGAAUUCACUACCCCAAUCUUCACUCCUUCAACCAAGGCUGAACAAGGAGAACACGACGAAAACAUUUCACCUGAACAAGCUGCCGAAAUUGUUGGUCAAGAAUUAUGUGAUAACUUAGCUGCCAAAGCCAUUGAACUCUAUUCUAAAGCUAAAGAAUAUGCCAAAACCAGAGGAAUCAUAAUCGCAGACACAAAGUUCGAAUUCGGAUUGGACGAAAAUGACAAUAUCGUUCUUGUGGAUGAAGUACUUACCCCAGAUUCUUCAAGAUUCUGGAAUGCGAAAACUUUCGAAUUGGGAAAAUCUCAAGAUUCCUAUGAUAAACAAUUCUUAAGAGAUUGGUUGACUUCAAAUGGACUUGCUGGAAAAGACGGAGUAAAGAUGGAUGAAGAAAUCGCAAUUAAGUCAAAGGAAAAGUAUAUUGAGGCUUAUGAAUGUUUGACUGGGGAAAAGUGGGUUGAUUAG